CUUCUGGAAUUGAAGGGGCAUACCACCUGCCCACUGACCACCCUAGAGUUCAUUGAUUGCAAGAUGGAUCUGUGUUCUCUAGGGAGACUUGGGCAGGCUCUGCAGUUCAGCAGUUUGCAUUCUCUUGGCCUCGAUUACUGCAGAUUUGAAAACCAAGAGCUGGAGCAUAUUUUCUCAGGCCUGGAGAACUACCAGAAACUUCAAGACCUCAGUCUGCGCUACUGUGGUCUGGGGCCACAGAGUGGGCCGUGGCUGGGCUCGGUCAUAUGCCAGAGUGCCAUCUGUGAGCUGCACCUUGAUGGCAAUUACUUGCAAUGUUCUGGAGCUCUGGCUCUCCUCAGACCUACAGCAGAGUACACAGAGAUGCAGGGGAAACAGCAGCCAGCCACAACCUCACCAGACUCCAGGAAUCCUCCUCAGCCACCCCAAGCCACACAGAGAGGAAGUUCAACUUUGAACCAGAUGACAAAAUCUUUUGGAGCUGUAACAGUGAAAACUACUUCAGGGAAGAAGAAGAAGAAGAGAAAAAAAGGAGUCAAAAGAAAAAAUGAAAGUCUGACAGAAACUGGUCCUUCGUUAGUGAAAUUGCAUUUGGCAGAUAAUGGCAUAGAUGGAAAAGGAAAAGAAGGAGAUAAUGGUUUGUUGGAAUUCAUUCAAAUUUUAACAUGCCUGAUCAAAUACUCUGCCCAUUUAAGGGAAAUUGACCUUGGAAACAAUGUCCUGGGAGAAAUGGCUGCUGAUAACAUACUUGAAGCACUGAGAGCUGGGAAGACAGGUAGAGUGUUUUCAAUUUGUGUUUCCCUCUACCAGUCCUUAUCUACGCGUUUCUAAAUGCUGUACUACUCACACCAGCUGGGUAUCCUACAAUUCAACUCAAUUCUGACAUUAUCUACCCAAAGGUAGCAUCAGAUUCCACAGGUUAAGGGCUCAGUCCCACAAGACCACCCUCUACUUCAGAUGUCAAUUGCAAGUACAGGUUGUCGCCUGUGCUUCUGA